CGAAGAGUCGUGCACGUCAGAGUGGCAAGCGGCCGACAAGAAACACAACACGCGCGUUUAUGCACCAGCGGUAAGCAACUACUCGAACGGCUCGGACAUGUCUGUUCACCAAUGCACUGCGACGCUUUGGCUGCUGCUGACUUUCCUCGGAGCCAUAUCGUCCGGGAAGAAUGCGUCAUUAACCAGCCCUCCUGUUCACAACGCAACGAAGACUGUAGUCCCUAAACUUACCACCAGCUUCAGGGCUCCUUCGCGCUCCUAUCCGGCCACUGCAACUGGUGUAGGCGUGACUGCGACUCCAACGGUCUCUUCAAAAAGUAGCCAAGGCGCAAAACGUACCGCGCCCCCACUUGUGGUCACAACCGCGCCGCAUACUGCCACUCGGGAGACUCAAGAGGCAGCGUCCGUGGAAACAUUCGUGAUGCCGUCAGUGGAAGGCCUGGUCAAGGGCGAAAUUCGCUCGUCAAUGGAGAGCGGGGCCACUCCUGCCGGAGACGUCGCUGUUCGCACACCCGCGCUGGCCUCUGCAGUCUCCUUCGCCGAUGCCACGUCUGAACCGAGCACGACAUCGGAGACGUACGUCACGUCAACAGCAGACUCUCUUACGAACGUGACGGAACAAGGCUCUGCCGCAACGAUGACUACGGCCGCUUCGACCUCCAGCACCGAGCCUGAACAGGAGGACGAUAUGACGUACCUCGCGAGCCUCUUCCCGGAUCUUGACCUCUUCGACGACCCCACGCCAGACGGCACUUCAACGCCCCCCUCGGUGCCAACGACGACCCCGGCCGCGGACGCGCCGACAAUCCGAAAGCCGAGCGGAUACAACAUGAGCAGGGAGCGUUACUGCAUCGCUGCCAGGUACUGCUACAAGGAUCUCAACGAGCGCUGCGUUAUGCGGCACAUGAAGAGCGUGUGCGGGUGCGGCCGAGCCUUCUACAGGAACCCCGAAACACUGGUUUGCGAACGGAAGCUGCCGCUGCUCGUCUCUCUCGAACUUCCCGAGCACUCGUACGUGCAGGAGGUCGCAGACAAGAAAUCCCUAGAGUUCAAGGCGUACGAGUCGGCUGCGCAGCACUUGAUUUGGCGUCUGGUGAAGAGUUCCAAACUGCUCGCCAGCACCGUUAUAGACGUCGAGGUCACGGGCUUCCGUCCAGGGCUGAUGGUGCGCAGUAGGCUCGUGGUCAUGUCAUCCCUGGUGCACAAGCUCGCCGGCAACGUGUCCGGAGCGAUGCACCGAGAGAUUCAGACGGCCAUCGGACGUCACAACUCAACCGGACUCUUCCUGCGAACAGGAAACAUGAGGACUGUGGCUGCUGACGUAGCCGUCAACCCGUGCGAGGAUCGCGAUUCCAACUACUGCAGCCCUUACGCAAUCUGCACGUACCGGAAGCACGACUACGGCAUGCGCUGUCGCUGUCUCCCUGGAUACGCGGACGUGUCUCCCGACACUGGGCGCCAUCCCGGAGAACUGUGCUUUUCCAUAUGCGAGCCCGGUCACUGCCAGAACAACGGAACGUGCAAAAGCCUCUCCUUUGGAAUAGAAUGCGAAUGUCGAGACUGGUAUAUCGGAAAUCGGUGCCAAUUCCAAAUGAAGCAAAUCAUAAUCAUCGUGGUGGUUGUGGCAGCGGUGCUUCUCACGGUGGUCGGAGUUACAUUUCACAAGUACUGGAGAAAAGGGCGCCUCCAGAGUUGCAACAACCAGGUGUGCCGCAUGUUGAUCAUGGAGCCUGCCAAGAGGAGCUCGGCGAAGAGGCACCUCGACACCAAGCUGUCUGCUCGGCAACCACUUAGCGGUGGCCUUCACCAGCGCGCGUCCACCUGUGUCUCGCCCGGCAGCGAUAGCCUGCACUCUGCCUUCUCCAAGAGUCUCGAGGGCGCCCUGUCUCCGGUGGAGAUUUCCGUCAUCUCCAAGUGAACACGAGACCAUGUUUGCGCACUUCCAGGGGUGUACACGUGGACACUUCUUUUUAGAUUUCUAACUUUUCCUCACACAUUUCUUUUAAAGCACGCGCCGCGGUUUUAAGGCACUAAUGUAAUUCGACCUGCGUCGGGCACUCCGACACUGCACAAGGUCUCCUCUUUGGUUCUGCGCCUGUCAUUGCGCAGCGAAAUAAAGUAUGCAGAUCGUACACGUUGAA